GUCCAAGCUUUCAAAAACAACUCAAGCAGGAAGACAGCGGCAAAAGGGGUGCUUGUAGUGAACUAACGGGGACACACACACUUGUGGAAAUGAGAGAAAAAUAGUCUUUUAUUGAACCCAAUUACAGCCGCAGCCACUGCAUGGUUCCCGCCCCUGCGGGGAGUUCCCUCCGGUGGGGAGUUCGACUUUAUGUAUAGCACCUGUUGUGUCGUCACUUGGCAGUCUGCACUCUCCGAGGCUCCCGACCCUCCGUCUCAGUCCAUUCUGAAAGUGAAGUGUGCACCGAGCGGCUGAAAAGGAAUUCUCCUCGCUUGCCCACAUCACUUCAACACUUCCCAGCUGCCUCUGCAUUCCAACUCUUUUUGUGCUUUUUUGGAGGAACUUUAUUGUGACUCCUCUGAAUAUCAAGGACAACUCGUCUUUGGAGAGCAGAAUGCAAAAAAACGAACCCAUUCGGAUUUUUAAAAUUGAGUCACUACUUUGGUGACGCAUUUCACACUGCACACGUACAGUAACUUCUGUCUACCUUUUAAAGAUUCAAUGGCACAGAGGGAUUGUGCACCUUUGAAUUAAAACAGCUCCCGCUGCCCCUCUAAAACUUUUCUGAACCUCGGCAACAGGUGCGUCUUACGCUGGCUCUCUUGCGUAAAGGUGGUCUAAAGGUGGUUCUGGGAGGGUUGGAUGGAGAGGUUGAAUUAAAACUUUUUUUCCCGAUUUCAUUAUCAGGAUUGGCUUAAUUGGCAGUCGCUGAACAGGACUAUGAGGAUACUACUUUGCAGCUAUCGCCCACAGAUGUUUCCAAAAUCGGACUGGGGUCUUUUAAGCGCGAUUUUUGCGUGGUGAUAGAGACUCCGCAUCGCAGUACUUUAUCGUAGCUGUCCACAAAGAAUCCAAAUGAUCCAGUUAUUACUUGUGCUUCUAGCAUCUUCUCUCCAACAGCAUGGUGUGGAAGCGGAAUCGAGUCACAUCAGUAAACUUCACCACUCCGCAGCUAAGGAACAGAACGGGGUGCAGGAGUCGCAGCAUGAGAAGAUGGUGAGUGUGAGCGCGGAGGGAGAGGGAGAGCUUCACAGCCCUAACUUCCCCCGCGUCUACCCACGUAGCACCAUGCUGGUGUGGAGACUCGUCGCAGCCAAUGAGAAUGCACGCAUCCAGAUCACCUUCGACCAGCGCUUCGGACUGGAGGACCCGGAGGAUGGCAUCUGCAAAUAUGACUUCGUGGAGGUGGAGGACCCGGUGUCGGGCGCGGUUCUGGGCCGCUGGUGUGGCACCCAGUCUGUGCCGGGCCCGCAGGUCUCCUCAGGCAGGCAGCUCCGCAUCCGCUUCUCCUCCGACGAGUACUUCCCCUCCGAGCCUGGCUUCAGCGUCAGAUACACACUACUCCCGCAGCAGUCGGAGGCUCCCGUGCCCGCGGUGCCCCCGGUGGAGGUGCUGAGUGAGGCGGUGUCCCAGCUGGGCACGGUGGAGGAGGUGCUGCGCUACCUGGAGCCCGAGCGCUGGCAGCUGGACAUGGAGGAUCUCUACAAGCCCACCUGGCACCUGCUGGGCAAGUCUUUCAUCCAGCCACGCAAGUCCAGAGGCAUUGUAGACCUGAACCUGCUCCGUGAGGAGGUGCGCCUGUACAGUUGUACUCCCCGUAACUUCUCGGUGUCUCUGCGUGAGGAGCUGAGGAGGACAGACGUCAUCUUCUGGCCCAGCUGCCUGCUGGUGCAGCGAUGUGGGGGCAACUGUGCCUGCUGCGCCCACCGAUGCCACGACUGCCAGUGCCAGCCUACACGAGUGGCAAAGAAAUACCACGAGGUACUGAUGCUAAGACACAGAGCUGGGAGUCGUGGACUACAGAAGACCCUGACAGACGUUCCUCUGGAACACCACGAGGAGUGCGGCUGUGUGUGUAAGGACGACUCCGACUGACCACACACCCUCACCCCUCCCCAACUCAAAGACACACACCCCCCCCUGUGAAGAAGAGAAAGGCCCUCAACCCAGGGAUAGGUCAACACUGACCCUGCAUGGGACCUCCAGGGCAGACUCUGCCCAUCUCUCCAGCCUCUCUGGAGGAAAAGACUGGAAACUCCUCCAGAAACCCCCCCGCCCCCCCAACACAAUCCCCAGCACCGGACUAUUCCCCAGCCCCUCUCAUGGAAAAGACUAGAUGUGAUUACAGCCUUCCAGGACUGGACUGGAUGUUAUUCCAGACUUCCAUAGCGCCCCAGCGCCACCACGGACCCUUGUCCUAGAUGAGGCACAGGACAGUGUGUUUCGCAGGUGUGUCCAGGAUCUGUGUCCUUCCUCAGGGCAGUCUGGGCUCCCCGCUGCUCUGGCCAUUCAGGCAGGGAGCGCACGUGUGUGUGUGUGUGUGUGUGUGUGUGUGUGUGUGUGUGUGUGUGUGUGUGUGUUUGAGCAGUCGUGGAGACGGAGACAUGUGGAGUGGAGAGGAGGCGUUCUGGGGUUGCUGGCAGGAGGAUGUGUGUGUGGGGGGGUAUGUUCUACCCCAUUAGCCCCCUCAUGCGCUGGAAAGAGACUCUCAUGCUGAGAGACCUGCCACUGCUGCUGCUGCUGUGGGGGUGGAAGUGGCUAAAGAGGGACUCAUCUGGGGAGACGGCUUUGGUUUUUAGUUUUUUUAACUUUUUAUUCUUUUCUUUCUUUCUUUCUUUCUGUCUUUCUUUUUUUUUAACUUUUUUGUGACUGUUUGUCUAUGUCUCUCUCUCUCCUUGGCAACAUCAGAGAGGGCUUUUUAAAGUUGAAGUCACGUGGAUGGAUAAACAAGAGGGAGAGGUAGAACCAUUUUUUAUUUGAGAGGCUGUGUGUGUGUGUGUGUGUGUGUG